AUGCCAUCCAGACUGAGGAAGACUCGGAAACUCCGGGGUCACGUGAACCAUGGCCACGUCGCAUCGGUAAGCACCGCAAGCACCCAGGAGGCGGUGGAGAUGCUGGAGGCAAGCAUCACCACAGGAAUAAACUUGGACCAAUACCAUCCAGGUCACUUCGGGAAAGUUAGUAUGAGGCAUUACUACUUGAAGAGGAACCAGAGCUUCUGCCCAACUGUCAACCUGGAUAAAUCAUGGGCGUUGGUCAGCGAGCAGACACGGGUCAAUGCAGCAAAAAACAAGACUGGAGGUGCUCCCAUCAUUGAUGUGUGA